AUGGGAAACUGUUGCAGAUCCCCGGCCGCUGUUGCCAGAGAAGACGUAAAGUCAUCAAACUUUUCCGGCCACGGAGACGGACGGAAAGACAAGUCCUCCGCUGCUGGCGCUGGGAAAAAGACGAUCACUGUACUAACUGACGUGUCGAAGGAAAAUAUCGAGGAGAAGUAUUUAGUUGAUAGAGAGCUCGGUCGUGGUGAGUUUGGAGUGACUUAUUUGUGUAUCGAACGCGAUUCGAGGGAGUUACUGGCUUGUAAGUCGAUUUCGAAGCGGAAGCUUCGGACGGCGGUGGAUGUGGAGGAUGUGAGACGAGAGGUAGCGAUAAUGAAGCAUUUGCCGAAGAAUUCCAGUAUAGUGAGCUUGAAGGAGGCUUGUGAGGAUGAUAAUGCGGUGCAUUUGGUGAUGGAGUUAUGCGAGGGCGGCGAAUUGUUUGAUCGGAUUGUAGCCCGUGGGCAUUACACGGAGAGGGCAGCGGCAGCGGUAACAAGAACGAUUGUGGAGGUCGUGCAGCUAUGUCACAAGCACGGAGUGAUCCACAGGGACUUGAAGCCAGAGAACUUUCUGUUUGCGAAUAAGAAGGAGAAUUCACCUUUGAAAGCCAUUGAUUUUGGGUUGUCAAUCUUCUUCAAGCCUGGUGAGAGGUUUUCUGAAAUUGUUGGAAGCCCAUACUACAUGGCUCCAGAGGUACUCAAGCGGAACUAUGGACCAGAGAUAGACAUUUGGAGUGCAGGAGUAAUCCUCUAUAUUUUAUUGUGCGGGGUUCCUCCAUUUUGGGCUGAGUCUGAACAAGGGGUUGCACAGGCCAUUUUACGAGGGACAAUAGAUUUUAAGCGAGAGCCAUGGCCAAGUAUUUCGGAAAGUGCUAAGAGUCUUGUCCGCCAUAUGGUGGAGCCAGAUCCAAAGCUGCGACUAACAGCGAAACAAGUGCUUGGGUAUACUGAACGUAAUGUUUUCUUUUGGUAUGUUACUGCUACCAUUCAGCGUAGUGGACUGCUAAAGCUAUGGCUAAAAGUUAAAAAUGGGAGAGUUGGUCUAGCAUUUGACCAUUUAUGUUGGAUGCUUAUUCUAUCCCUAAUUUGUGGUUUCUCUCUGCUCUCAGAGCAUCCUUGGCUCCAAAAUGCUAAAAGGGCUUCAAAUGUUCCACUUGGAGAUAUUGUAAAGUCAAGACUUAAGCAGUUCUCGUUGAUGAAUAGGUUCAAGAGAAAGGCCCUGAGGGUUAUUGCUGAUUUCUUGUCCACUGAAGAAAUUGAAGGCAUCAAGGAAAUGUUCAGAAAGAUGGACACUGACAAUGACGGUAUUAUUUCAAUUGAAGAACUAAAAGCUGGACUUCAAACAUUUGGUUCACGGCUUGCAGAGUCUGAAGUGCAGAUGCUUAUUGAAGCUGUAGAUAUUAAUGGGAAAGGAACCUUGGACUACGGAGAAUUUAUGGCUGUUUCCCUCCAUCUACAGAGGAUGGCCAAUGACGAGCAUCUUCACAAAGCUUUCUCAUACUUCGAUAAGGAUGGUAAUGGUUACAUUGAGCCAGAGGAGCUGCAAGAUGCCUUGAUGGAAGAUGGAGCAGAGGAUUGUACAGAUGUAGCAAAUGACAUUUUUCAAGAGGUUGACACAGACAAGGAUGGUCGAAUCAGCUAUGAUGAGUUUGUGGCCAUGAUGAAAACUGGGACAGAUUGGAGAAAAGCAUCUCGACAUUACUCGAGAGGUAGAUUUAACAGUCUGAGCAUUAAGUUGAUGAAGGAUGGUUCACUUAACCUGGGCAGUGAGUGAGUUCUAUGCAUCACUGUCUCAUUCAUCCAUAGUAGUGCGGCAUUCAUUCAUCAAAUAUAUUGGACUUGUUUCUUUUGUGAUUAUUUGUGGGGUUCUCUUGGUUAGAUGGGUCCCCUUUUGAUUGGUGGCCUAUGAGGAUCGCAGAGAGAUAAGCAUUUGUGAUUUGCUGCUGCAAAAUGUUGAUUCUGUAGAAAACAUCGCCUUAUGGCUAUACAUGCAGCAUGUAUGAUUCUGUCUUGUUUGCCUCUUUCAACUUUCUUUAUUGUUUCUAGUUGACGCUGAGACACUCUGAACAUCGUAGUCCUGUCAAAAAAAUAUGAAUAUCUUGUAGAAAGGGGGUGGGGUUCCUUCUUGUGUGUGCGCACGUCUUUCUUUCUGUUUUGUAAAUACAAUGAUUCAGUCAACUACUGGCCACAGUUCUUUUUCCAUUGUAAUUGCCCACAUUAACACCUAUACGAGUCACUCGACAUAACAUCAAUGUGAGGG